CAAGGCAUUGACCUCUCUAAGGACUCAAUGGCCAUGCAGAGACUGAGGGAGGCUGCUGAGAAAGCCAAAUGUGAAUUGUCUUCGGCACUGCAGACCGACAUAAACUUACCCUAUCUGACAAUGGAUGCCUCUGGCCCUAAACACAUGAAUAUGAAAUUGACGAGGUCCAAGUUUGAGUCGAUUGUUGAUGGCUUGGUCAAGCGAACAGUUGGACCAUGCCAGAAAGCCUUGCAAGAUGCUGAUGUCAAGAAGACCGAUAUUGGAGAGGUCAUCCUGGUUGGUGGCAUGACCAGAAUGCCCAAGGUCCAGGCAACAGUCCAGGAAUUGUUUGGUAGAACACCCAGCAAAUCU